AUGUCCGACAUGCGCGAGUCGCCGCCCUGGCGGCAGCCGGCAGCCGCCUUUUGCAGCAACUUCCGACGAGGCAGCGUGGCGCGGUAUGAGGACCUCGUGCAAGGCAGCCUGAUGUCAGCGGGGGAGGAGGGGGGAGGCAGGAUGCAGGAGGCGGUAGCUUGGUUGCUCAAGUCAAGACAGUUUUGCCAGGAGGCCAGCAAGACAUCUGGCGCGCCGCCGCCGCUGCAGCUGCUUCCAUCGGCGCCGGUGCUCGCCAACCCCGCCUGGAGAACGGCGCCCUCCUUUGCAGCAGCAGCGGCGCUGCUGCAGGAUGCCAGCACCUGCGCCAGCAGUGGCGAAGCGGUGGCGCCGCUGGCCGAGCAGCAAGAACAGAAGGCGGUGGCCGUGUUCAGAGAGAUAGCGGCAGACCAGCGACCGGGGGGCCUGCGCCUGCUGGGCUGGAUGCUGUCGCAUGUGUUCAGGUGGCUGUUCAACUCGGAGAUGUAUGUGGACUUGGUCAGCCUGGAGCGGCUGCGCCGCCUGCACUAUCGACAGCCGCAGCUGCAGGACAACAGCCGCACCGGUGCAGCGGCAGUGGAUGUGGCAGCAGGGCAGCCGGUGCAGCAGCAGCGUGCCUGCCUGAUCUACAUCCCCGCCCACAAGUCUCACCUCGACUACUUGAUGCUGUCCUACAUACUAUGGGCUUGCGGGCUGCCCUGCCCUCACAUCGUUGCAGGCGCCAACUUAUCGCUGCCGAUAGUUGGCAGACUGUUGCGUGCCUGUGGCGCCUUCUUUAUCCGGCGUACCAGCCGGGGCUCUGCGGAUGCGCACCUCUACAAGUCGGUGCUGGCAGCCUAUGUGCAAGCUCUGCUGGUGGCCGGUCAUCACCUCGAGUUCUUCAUUGAGGGCGGCAGGAGUCGGGACGGGCGGGUGAACCCACCCAAGCUGGGCAUGCUUCGCAUGGUGGUGGACGCGGUGAUGGCAGGGGAUGUGGAUAGGCCGGUGUACUUGGUUCCAACCGCCAUGAACGCCGACACAUUCUUGGAGGAGCGGAGCCUGGCAGCGCAGCUGGCGGGAGCGCCCAAGAAAAGCGAGUCGCUGGCAGGGCUGGCCAGCACAUGCUGGGGAAUUGUGACCAAGGCAGCUCGAGUGCACUGGCGGCGCUACUUUCUGGGGUUUGGCGUGGGCGGCUAUUGCGGGCGAGCUACGGUGGCAUUUGGGCAGCCUAUCAGUCUGCAGCAGUGGCUACAGGACAAUCGUGCAGACCUAGAAGCUGGCGGCAAAGCAGAGCGGGCGGCAGUGGCGGCGCUGGGCGAGCUGGUCACUGCCGGCAUCCGCACCACAUCGGCGCUGCCCACAUCAGCACUGCUGCUGGGCGCGUUGUUUGCCGAGCAGCACAGCAAUGCUCUGGCAGCGCCAGGAGGCAACACAAUGCAGCAGUGCAAUGGCGUCACUGCUCAGGCCAGUGGCAGCGUAGAUCGGCAACAGCAGCCGGUGUUGCGGCUGGAACAUGGCGUCGAGGCGGUGCUGCUGCAACACAAUCGCCUCAACCAAUUGUUGCCCUGGAUGGCUCUGGGGCCCACUGCCCUGGGCAGCGUCCGCGAGUUCCAGCCCGUGCUGCAGCGCCUGCUGGACAGCGGGGCGCUGGUGCAGCAGCCGGCACCCAGCAGAUGCGUGCGGCUGGUGGGCGAGGGCGAGGGGCAGGACGACUGGCGCCGGGCCGCGCUGUUUGCGGCAGCGCUGCUGGCGCCCCUGCUUGCCUCCUACGUGGAGGCGCUUCGGGCUAUGCAGGCCGCUCUGGCAAGCAGUGGCCCGGGCGGCAGCAGCAGCAAGGCGCUGUGCUCUGCGGCACAGACAAAGCUGCUGGCGCUAGCGACCACCACCGAGACUACUGGCGGCGGCAGCAGCACAAACAGCAGCAGCAGAACAGCCCGGCUGGUGGUGCCCUCGGUGGCCCUUGUGCAGGGCGCACUGAGGAGCUUUGCAGCACGCCACUCGCUGGAACGGCGACGGCCCCCUCCUCAGCGCAUUGCCAGCAGCGGCAGCGACGGGGAGGACCCGGCGUUGGCAGACAGCGUGGCAGCCAACUUGUGCUCCUUAGACGGUGGUGAUGGCGGCGGCAGUGGCAGCCCCCCGGCAGCAGCGCUCACGGCGGCGGCGGCAGCAGCGGCAGCCGGUGAUGCGCGCCAACGCUGGGUGCUGGCGCAGCCCGAGGCGGUGGUGUCCUCGCUGUCUUAUCAAAUUGAGGCUUUCAUUUGCAUCUGA